AGAUCCAUUUACCCCACGCUCCGAUCCAGACCGUCCAGUUCGACACGGAACGGAUCUCAGCCGUGCAAACCCGAGGGUGGAUCCGUGAAUUCCGGAAAGCCGAGGGGUGGUUAGCUACCGGUAAAAACGCCCGAGCCAGUGGCUCCCGUCUUCCUCCAACGCAGCCGGGGAGGGUGGAGGAAGGAUUCGCUGGUGUUAGCGCUCGGAUCCAGAACGCGGGGUUCGUGCGGCGCUCGGAUUGGUCGCUCGAAGGGUGAGGUAGAGAUCAGCUUCGGCGAUGGGGAAGGCGGCGGUGGUGGGCACGGCGGUGGUGGUGUGCGCCGCGGUAGGGGUGGCGGUGGUGCUGGCGCGGCGGCGACAGCGGAGAGGCGCGGAGCUGGUGGGGUCCGCUGCGGCGGAGCGGAAGAGGAGGGCGGCCGCGGUGAUCGAGGACGUGGAGCGCAGCCUGGCCACGCCGACGGCGCUACUGCGGAGCAUCGCGGACGCCAUGGUGGUCGAGAUGGAGCGUGGGCUGCGCGGGGACAUCCACGCGUGUCUUAAGAUGCUCAUCAGCUACGUCGACAACCUCCCCACCGGAGAUGAACAUGGGCUGUUUUAUGCACUGGAUCUUGGCGGGACCAACUUCCGUGUAUUGCGAGUCCAACUUGGAGGAAGGGAGAAACGUGUGGUCAAGCAACAGUACGAAGAAGUCUCCAUUCCACCACAUCUGAUGGUCGGAACUUCCAUGGAACUUUUCGAUUUCAUUGCUGCUGCAUUGGCUAAAUUUGUGGAUACUGAAGGUGAUGAUUUCCACCUCCCUGAGGGUAGGCAGAGGGAGCUUGGUUUCACCUUUUCCUUCCCAGUGCACCAAACAUCAAUAUCAUCAGGAACACUCAUCAAGUGGACAAAGGGCUUUUCCAUCAAUGGCACGGUUGGUGAAGAUGUUGUGUCUGAGUUGAGCAGGGCCAUGGAGAGGCAGGGGCUAUAUAUGAAAGUUUCAGCCUUGGUUAACGACACAGUUGGAACAUUGGCUGGUGGGAGAUAUAUGGAUAAUGAUGUAGUUGCAGCCGUAAUACUGGGCACCGGUACAAAUGCAGCAUAUGUUGAGCAUGCUAAUGUAAUUCCUAAAUGGACUGGGCUACUUCCUAGAUCCGGCAAUAUGGUAAUCAAUACGGAAUGGGGGAGCUUCAAAUCUGACAAGCUUCCUCUUUCGGAAUACGAUAAAGCCAUGGACUUUGAAAGUUUAAACCCAGGAGAACAGAUAUAUGAAAAGAUGAUUUCUGGCAUGUAUCUUGGAGAAAUUGUGCGAAGAAUUCUACUGAAGCUGGCUCAUGACGCUUCUUUGUUUGGGGAUGUUGUUCCACCUAAGCUAGAGCAGCCAUUUGUACUGAGGACGCCAGAUAUGUCGGCCAUGCAUCAUGACUCCUCACAUGACCUUAAAAUUCUGGGAGCUAAGCUGAAGGAUAUCGUGGGGGUACCAGAUACUUCCCUGGAAGUAAGAUACAUUACUCGUCACAUCUGUGACAUUGUUGCAGAGCGUGGGGCACGCUUGGCUGCUGCUGGUAUAUAUAGCAUCCUGAAGAAGGUAGGUCGGGACAAAGUACCAAGUGAUGGCAGUAAAAUGCCGAGGACUGUCAUUGCCUUGGAUGGUGGGCUCUAUGAACAUUACAAGAAGUUCAGCAGUUGCUUAGAAACAACUCUUACAGACCUGCUCGGAGAAGAGGCCUCGUCUUCUGUGGUUGCCAAGCUGUCCAACGAUGGCUCUGGCAUUGGAGCUGCACUUCUUGCAGCCUCGCACUCCCAGUAUGCCGAGGUUGACUAGUUUUGAGAAUGAGUAUGGAUCAAACUGAGUGUAACUUCUCAUAUUUUUUCCCAUCAAACGCUCCUAAUAUUCCAGGCUCCCGUCGGGGAAUGUUUAUUUUUCUUUCUUGGCUAUUCUGCAGACCGCACUUCGGUUCUCUGCAACGGGAUAUAGCUAGUGUAGCACCAAUGAGUUUGGAGGUUAUCUAACGCAUAAGUGUUUCGAUGGCAGGAGCAUGGAAAUGGAGGCUUGAACGAUGCCAUUCCUGUUCUGCCUAUUCUUUCCCCUCUUGUAUGGUGUUGUAAACUAAGAAAAAAUUUGAACUUUUUUAUUUGAAAUAAAGAUGAGAACACGAUGGAAUUUGAAAA